AUGUCAACAGCAGAACCACCUGCUAAGAGUAAGCCAACCGAUUGUAAUUUAUGCGUAAAAUGUCAAUAACAUAUAAUAAAAAAGGAAAAACUGACGAAACCAAUGGUUGUGUCUACAUAUGAAACAUUUCUACGAUAUGUUAAUGAGAGAUUUGAAACUGGAAAUCCUGAUUAUAUCGGAGUGUCACAAAGAUUGAAGCUCACCAAAUGAGCUUCUAGAAUUAGAGGCCCAAUGGCAUCACAAUUGCUAUUGUGAAACAACAGAUAAAAACAAGCUUGAAAGAGAUAAGAAGAGAUACCAAAUGGAUAGCAAAAAUAACCUCAAGGGAAAAGGGCACCCUUCUUCAGGUUCUGUUUCUAGUAGAUUGACCAGAUCAGGUAAAGAGAGUUUUAAUCAAGAUGCCUGCUUUUUUUGUCAAGGAAGUGAUCCUGAGACAGCUAGAGAUGCAAUCCAUUCUUGCCGAAGUAAAAACAGUGCAAAUUCCAUCAAAGAAAUUGUAGAUAAAAGUGACAAAGCUAAAUGGAAGGUCCAGUUAGCGGAUAUAUUAGCCGAGGAUGAUUUCCUUGCCAGAGACAUAGUAUACUACAAAAGCUGCAAAACUAAAUAUUGGCGAAAACAUUUUUGAUCACUUAAAUGAGAUUGUAGAUUCUGGGGAAUACAUUACCACAGUUGAAGUUGAAACAUUAUACAAAAGCAUGAUGCAUGAUCAUGGUAUAGACAAGCCAAUAACACGUAGAUCCUUGAUUUCCAAUAUCUCACAGAACAUGCCACACAUUGUAAUAUCCCAAUAUAAAGGGAGUUUACCAGGUGUCCUGCGUUCUAAGGAAGCAGGUCGUGAGGCGGUAGAUAUAGCUCGGAUGGAGAAAGACAUCAAAGGCGAUCUUGACCAAAUAUUCAAAUCAGCCAAAGUAAUCAGGUGGCCGGUUAUUAACGCAAGGAAAGAAUUCCCAUGGGCUUUUACGGGACACCUUGAUGGUUCUGGUGAGAGUGGUGUACCUGUGGAACUGAUGAUGAUGACCAGGUGGAUCUUGCAAUGAUCUCAAGUGGCUACAGCCAAUUCUAGAAAUCUAGUUUUACGUAAAUCAUGUGCUAUAAUCUCGCAAAUUAUUAUGCAAGAAUUAAUGACUAAAUGACAAGUUAUGCAUGAAGCAAAGUCAGAAUCCGAAUUAUCGAUGUUUCGUCGACAAUACAAAAAGCCCGUUUGCAAUUGGCCUAUCGCUCUGGAUGUACCACAAGCUUCGGAGCCAGAAAGCAAUAAAUUUAUUUAGUAAUGUUCUAAUGCAAUGCAGGAGAACAUCAAAAUAAAUGGUGUUUUCUUGCCACUGGGUACAGUAACAGGUCGAGAAAUACGGGCUGCCGCAGAUAAUGUUGACAAGCAAGUAGACACUUGUGAUGGAAAGAAUAGCUUCCAUGCAAUGGAAUCUAGUGUCUUCCAGCCAAAUUGUAAUGGUAAGAGUGCAGUGGAACAACUUGACCUUUAGAAGGUUUCUGCUGGCACACUUAGCGAUAUUCCCAACACCUGCAUCAAGAUCGAUGAAUGCAACAUAGCAGGCAGUCCUAAACCAUGCACUAGCCCUUGUUACAGUUCUUACAAAGUGAGAUUUCAUGCUGACCACUUCGACAACACGCUGGUCAAUGACAUUGAAUGGAUAAUAUCAAGAUAUUUUAAUCGAUCAUCCCAAUCCAGUGGACACCCAAGUUGCUGAUCAACGAGUUCCAGUGUGGUCAGCAUACAACUCCCUUGUAAACACACCAGAAUCUGGACAGGAAUCAUCUAUCAUCAUUGACAAAGCAUAUGCUCUGCCAAUCAUUAAUACCCCGGCUCAUGAAUGGUCCACCUUAGUUACCACGCUAAAUCAACUGUGUAUGGUCAACCGAUUAGUAUCAAAGAAUGAUGGAAAGCUGAUAGGGCAUUUGACAUGGAUCUCCACAAGCAAGUGUUGAAGUUGGAGUAUCUUGAUUCCCAAUACAAAGAUAAGUGGGUAGUGUGUCCAGGAGCUUUCCAUACGGCAGUUUGCGCUCUAAGGUGCCUUGGAGAAACAAUCGAAGGCAGCGGUAUCGACGAGGCAUGGGUAGAAGCAGAAGUGUACAGUUCUGUCACUGUGGACCAGGUUAUCAAUGGGAAUCACUACAGAAGGGCAUUGGAGGCUCACAAAGUCACACUCCAAGUGCUGUUCAACCUUUGGAUUAAAGCAUUCUUUUCAGAGUGACCUGCUGUACGAAGAAGCCUGUAUUGAGCAAGUUUCCAGAGCAUAUGUGUGUUGAAGCAGGGCGUUUGUGAAGCUCACUUUUCACUGAUUGCCACACUCGAAUCUAUUAACAUUGACAAGCAACUAGCUGAGUUUGAUGCCAGACAUGAGGCACAUCCCAUGUUUCAAUGGGCAUGGAUGUACAUGCGCCAAGUCAUUGUUUUGCUUCAAUUCCAACAUGCUAUGCACCAAGGAGAUUGGUUUCUGCAUCUGUCUUCUCCCGAAAAACUGAGACAAUGGUUGGGAUUCCAAAGCAAAAUGACACUGAACAUCACCACCUGAAUCACACUACAGUGGUAUGCCAAGAACAGGAUAUCGCAAAUCUGUCUUGUGUGCUUUCACCAUGUAACAUUUUCACUUCAGAAGAAACAAACUUGUUCAAACACAUGACAAAAGAGAUUAUUCCAAAACCUAUUAAGGAAAGCAUUUUAAGCAUGGAAGCUCGUGGGACAUUUGUGAUGAAGAAAUUUGUUGAAGAAAGAAUAAGCAGAGAAACCAAUCUAUGGGACAAAAUGACAAAGUCCAAGUUUCUAUCAUGGAAUUCCUCAGGCAAAGAGAUUAAACUUCAAGCCAAAUCAGAAGUCACCACUCUUCGCGCAACCACAGGUCUUAUGUCCAUACUGCUCAUCAUUGCACAAUCAGCUUGUGAGGUGACAUGGAAGAAGUCAUUGGAACCUACAAGUUUGCGACUACAAACCACACGUUGAUGAAGCUUGAUGGAUCUGUUCACCCAACCUUAAAUAAGAGUAGCAUUAUUGCAGUUCUGGAGGAUCUCCCAGCACAAGCUUGAACAGCCAAACUGAAUCUCCUUCACGAGAGAACAACCAGAACACAGAUGCUGCCCUGAAGAAAUAUAGGAAAACUCGAACUAUCGUAAGCGAACGCUGCGUGAAAUAAAUCAAACUAUCAAAUAGCUAGUUCGAACGAAACAUCGUGACUACUUACUUAAGAUUAAGGAGUCUUUCCGCAGCAACCCCAAACUGUUCUGGAGCUAUCAUAAAGCUGUUUUUCAUCACCGGUCAACUCAAAACACUGUCAUUUCACAUAACGGCAUUGUGGCAAAAACAUCUACUGAGAAAGCCGGACUUUUUAAUUCCUACUUCUCAUCAGUUUUCCAACCUUCAACGACUAAUCAAACUACUAAUUCCCGCAAUUCUCAACUACGAACCAAUUCACAACUAAGUGAGAUCACGCUCGAUGUCGAAGAAGUUGUAAACAGUCUGUUGAAUCUGAAUGUCUCAAAAGCUAGUGGCCCUGAUAGAAUUUCUACCUGCCUUCUGAAAGAAUGUAGUCAUCAAAUCGCUCCAAGCCUUUGCACUCUUUACAACCAUUCACUAAGAUCUGGACAUAUUCCUUCUGAGUGGAAAUCAGCAGAUGUUACUCCAGUGCACAAGAAGAAUUCCAAAGAAGCAGCUGUGAACUACAUACCAAUCUCGCUAUUGCCCAUCAUUAGUAAGACCUUAGAACGGUGCAUUUACUGGAGAUUUUAUGACCAUGUUGUGAACCUUAUCAGUCCAUCUCAACAUGGUUUUCUGAGAAAUCACUUGUGUGUCACCCAAUUCCUGUCAGCUUUCCACUCUAUCGGGCAAGAUCUAGAUAAGAAUACUCAGACUGAUGUCUUGUAUCUGGACUUCGUUGACCAUAAUAUCUUACUGGAUAAGCUGUGUUGGUACGGCAUGACAGGAUCUGUUCUUGAUUGGUUCGCUGACUAUUUAAACGGUAGGACUCAGAGAGUUGUUGUGGAUGGAGUAGCUUCUGCAUGGUCAUCACUUCAGUCACUUCAGGUGUCAGUCACUUCAGGUGUGCCUCAGGGAAGCAUUCUUGGAGCAGUUUUGUUCGUUAUAUUCAUUAACGAUCUCCCCGACAUCCUACAUAACGGAACUGAAAUUGCCCUGUUCGUGGACGAUACGAAAAUUCACAGACAUAUUAUCUCAACUCGCGACUGUGAAAGCUUACAACAUUCAUUGGUCAAGUUAGAUAUGUGGAGUAUGGAAAACAAUCUUGUCUUCAAUGCCUCUAAGUGUAAAGUCCUCACCGUCACACGAAAGAAAACACCUAUCAUCUACGAAUACACCCUUGGGACCGAAAAGCUAACUCGGGUUGACCAUGAAAAGGACCUUGAUAUUGCAACUACUACAAAACUCUCAUGGAAACUACACAUAAACACCAUUGUUGCGAAGGCCAACAAAAUGUUCGGUAUACUUAAAAGAACUUGUACUAGUAUUACAGACAUGAACACCCAGCAAACUUUGUAUCUAUCACUUGUGAAGUCCCAGUUGUUGUAUGCUUCGGAGGUGUGGUCACCAGUUAACAAAGUUCAGCUAUCAAGACAAGUAGAGAAAGUCCAACGGAGGGCAACCAAGUGGAUACUAAUGAACAGAGAGAUGCCUUACAAAGAACGGCUGUCAUCGUUAAACCUGCUACCAUUAAGUUACGAUAGAGAAAUGAAGGACUUAACAUUCUUUUAUAAAGCUUUAUUUGGUUUUAUAAACGUGAACUUGAGUAACUAUGUGUCAUUUGUCAGCAAUGGUCGUACUCAAUUGAGUAUUUCCUCUGAGUAUAUCCUUCAAAACCCGCUGUGUAAAACUACCACUUUUCAAUCCUCCUACUACAACCGUAUAGUCAAUAUCUGGAACACUGUAUCUCAAGAAGUAUCUCUUGACAGUUUCUCUAGACCUAGUUCUUUUAAAUGUUAUCUCAAGCACAAAUAUUCAAUCUUAGUGAACUCUAUUUACGACGGACGUGUCUUGCACGUGGUCUUUGACUCGGGACUGUCCUUGCCACAGGUCCUAACUGUUUAUUAACAUUAUGUAAUAAUAAACGUUUAACUUAAUAAUACCAUUAUAUAAUAUAUGAUAUAAACAUAACACAGCAUAAUAUAGUUUGUAAACCUUGAGUUGGUGCAUUUACGAUUUGUACCAGUUGUUUCCCGCGGUUCGUUCAUUAAAUAGGAAUACAAUGCAUUGUGGGAACCAACUGGGGGAUUUACUAACCCUUGAUUUUUAUGAGGCAUAUGCACCUCCGAGGUUUACUAGAACAGUAUAGAUUUUCAAUUAGAACAGUAGUAAAUUUUUACUAAGUGUGGGCAGGUGCCUUGCAUGGUUCUUCGAGUCCCAUUUGUGCCUCGCCCAUUUAGGGUCUCUGAAUAAUUCACUUUAUAAUUAGACUUUGUACAUAUACUGUAGUGGACCCUAAUAAAGACAAUAAUAAUAACAACUAUGUCGUCAAGGUUUCACUUAAAGCAGCGACACGAAAUCGAUGCAGGGGAAGUAAGGCACCUGUAAAAGGAUAUGUCGUGGAAGAUGCUACUAAAAUAAAAAAUGUUAAAUCAUUUCUUGGAAGUACUACUACGAAAGCAAAUCUUACACUCUUUUUAGCGAGGAAGUUAAUAGAUCACGCUAAAGUACACGUCAUUACAGCAACACAUCAGGCGGUUAUGUCAAACAGAGCUGGCAAUAUCACUCCUGGUGUUAGCACUCGAGAAGAAGCAGAUACGUUGAUGAUCUUACAUGCAGUGGAAGCAGCAAAAGCGGGGUCCAUUGUUCAUAUAUACAGUCAAGACACAGAUGUAUUGCUUCUUGCUUUGAGACGUGUUCCUCUUCUUGGUGAACAAGCAGUACUGUUGAUGGGCACAGGUGAUCGACACUGUCUAGUGUUAUUGAAGCCGAUUUAUGAUUCACUUGGAGAACAGAAAGCGAAGGUGUUAUGCAAAUGCCAUGCCUUAACUGGCUGCGAUACGACAGGCUAUAUUCGGGGAAAGUCAAAGAAAGCAUGUUUGGAAGCAUUUUUGAAGGAAAGACCCAGUAUUGUUUCAGCCAUUUCCUCUCUUGGAAUUGAAAGUGGGUUUAGUGGGCCAUCUGAAGACAUAAUCGAAGGCUGCAUAUCAUUUCUAUGUGGUCUUUUUCAUAAGAAAGGUAUUGAAGCCACAAGCCCACACAGUCUUCGAUGGACCUUGUUCAAGCAACAGAGAAUUGACAAAGGUAUUGAGCUACUACCACCAACCUAUGGAGCAUGGAAAGAGCAGAUUAUGCGAGCGCAUUGUCAGUGUGUGGUAUGGGAACAAGAUCUUAUUGCCUGUCCAACGACAAUAAACCCACUUAUGUUUGGCUGGAUAAAAGAAGAUGACUUGUUCCCCAGUUAUCCAAGAUUCCUCCAGCCCCAACAGCCGUUGUCGAAUUGGUGAGAUGUGCCUGUGGUGCCAGUAAUCCGAGUGCAGUAAAUAAGUGCACUUCCGAGAGAUACAAG